UUUUUUUUUUUUUGAGACAGAACUGGCCGGGCGCGGUGGCUUACACCUGUAAUCCCAGCACUUUGGAAAGCCGAGGCAGGUGGAUCACGAGGUCAGGAGUUCAAGACUAGCCUGACCAACAUAGUGAAACCGUCUCUACUAAAAAUACAAAAAUUAGCCGGGCAUGGUGGCGCACGCCUGUAGUCCCAACUACUCAGGCAGCUGAGGUAGGAGAAAUGCUUGAACCUGGGAGGCAGAGGCUGCAGUGAGCCAAGAUUGCGCCACUGCACUUCAGCCUGGGCAACAGAGUGAGACUCCAUCUCAAAAAAAAGACUUGCAGGCUGGAGUGAAGUGGUACAAUCAUACCUCACUGCAGCCUGGACCUCCAGGGCUCAAGCGAUCGUCCUACCUUAGCUUCCCAAAGUGCUGGGCCAAUGAUAGCAUUUGUUUUUGAGACAGGCUGUUGCUCUGUAGCCUAGGAUAGGGUGCAGUGGCGCAAUCAUACCUCAUGGCAGACUCAAACUCCUGGACUCAAGCCAUGCUCCCGCCUGAGCUGCUUGAGUAGCUGGGAUACAGGCACACACCACCACACCCAGCUAAUUUUUUACUUUUAAUUUUUGUAAAGGUUGGGGGGCGGGGGGCGGCCAGGUGCAGUGGCUCAAGCCUGUAAUCCCAGCACUUUGGGAGGCCGAGGCGGGUGGAUCACGAGGUCAGGAGAUUUGAGACCAUCCUGGCUAACAUGGUGAAACCCUGUCUCUACUAAAAAUACAAAAAAUUAGCCGGGCGUAGUGGCGGGCGCCUGUAGUCCCAGCUACUUGGGAGGCUGAGGCAGGAGAAUCACUUGAACCCGGGAGGCAGAGCUUGCAGUGACCUGAGAUCAUGCCACUGUACUCCAGCCUGGGCAACAGAGCAAGACUGCAUCUCAAAAAAAAAAUUAGCCGGGCGUAGUGGCGGGCGCCUGUAGUCCCAGCUACUCGGGAGGCUGAGGCAGGAGAAUGGCGUGAACCCGGGAGGCGGAGCUUCCAGUGAGCCGAGAUCACACCACUGCAUUCCAGCCUGGGUGACAGAGCAAGACUCCGCCUCAAAAAAAAAAAAAAAAAAAGAAAAGGUGGUGGGGGCGUCUCACUAUGUUGACCAGGCUGGUCUUGAACUCCUGGCCUUAAGCGAUCCUCCUGUCUGGGCCUCCCAAAGUGUUGGAAUUACAGGAGUGAACCACCGUGCCUGGCUAAUAAUUCCUUUUAAAAAGCAGCUUACCCUUAUUUUCACAUGUGGGCCUAAUUUAGUUCACUUUAAAAAAUCAUUUAUCCUCACCCCAGCCCUAUGAGGCAGGCACUGCUGGUCCCAGCCUGUGAUAGAGGGGAGGGCAGAGGAGCCGUGAGGGUGACCAGGCACUGUGGGUCGGCGCUGGGUACGGUCAGACCAGGAAUCCUGGCCAGUCAUGGCACCUUGACCCCAGCAGCCCUUGCCCUGGGCGGUGAGCACCACAUACCGGCAGCCUUGUGCUGAGCCGGCUGUUGGCCUCUGCCCUGCUCCAGCUUGGACUAGGCUGGCUCCUUGCAGGACCAGGAGGGUGUCCAGCGACUGGACAUGGAGACCAACCCUCCCUCAGCCCCGCCUGGGUUUGAAGGCUGCUACACUCGACCCCAGACCCCAGAGCUGAAGGUUUGCCUGUGCUCAGCCCCUGAGCCCCCGCCUCCCGCUGGUCCCUAAGCCCUCCAGGCAGGGCUGCAGAGCCACAGCUGCAGCCGCUCCUGGGCGGCUGGGAGCUCAUCAGAGGCCCACACAGCUCUAACUACUACAAGCCCCUGAUUACAGUUCAACUCCCGGAUUAGCCGAUCAGGUAACAUGGCUGGAGAAACCCGUGACUCAGCAAUCUGUAGGUAAAUAAUUUAACUACAGAGUCCAGUGCACAGACCACUGCCUGCAGGUCGGCGCCAGAGCCACCACCCCCUACUCUCCCCGCCGCUCGCGGGAGCCAGAGGGCCCUGCGGUCCUUGGUGGUCUUGCCAGCCCCUCGACAUCCCAGGGCCCUCCGCGCCUGGGAGGACUCCCUCAGGUAAGAACCAUCCUGGGCCCAGAUCUCAGCCGCAGCAGACGGGGGUGUGGGAGCCGAGGCCAGAAAUGCCCUGGACUUGUGGUUUCUUAGGGGCACCCUCAGGCUCAAGGCAGGUGGCCCUACUGUCCCCAUUCCACACACCUGGACCCCAGGGGCUUGGGGUGGGCUUCAGGGCAUCCAGGGACCCAGUGUGGUGGGGUCUUCCAGGGAAGGGGACACAACUCUUGCAAUGUUGCCUGAGGGCCAGGACCCCCGCUCUGUGCCCAGCCUGCACGUGUCAACCUACCAGGUUGGGCUCACUCCCCCAACACACCCACCAGGAGACUGCAGCUCCCACACCCUGGGCCAGCGUGCAAACAGCAGGCUCAGCCCAGGCUGCAGGGUGUCCUGGGAGCAAAGUCUUUGCCUAACGUCACUGAGAAGAAUGUUUAAAGUGAAAGUACAUUGGAGCCUGCAAACAGGACAGACCCAAGGGCUCACGUGGGACCGGUCAGGCCUCUAAGCACCGCCUCCCUAACGCCACGGUGUUUUCCGAGGUCAAGGGAAAGGUCAGGUGCCUUUCCGGCUCUGCCGGCCCAGGGUGGCUGUGUGCAGCGGGCUGGGCCCUCUUGGUGCUGCCUCAGGACAGUGUGUCAUGGCCGUUCCACAGUGAGCUGGUGCAGCCGGGGAAAAAGGGCGCCUCACGUCCCAGAACUGUCUGGACAGGGGAGACAGACGCCAGUCAGCCUCCUCCCCUCCCAGCUGGCCCUGAUGGGGCCCCCGUCUAGGUAUAUUCUCAGAAUUCUGUCCCAAGGCCAGGCGGAUGGGCUAGGCUAGUGUCUGAGCACUGCUCCCCCUGGCAGACUUAGGGUCCCAGCACCCACAAAGCUUGGCAGGGACAUAGGAGGCCUCUUCCUGAGACUUCCGCCAGCCCCAGGACCCACAGGGCAGGUGACAGAGGGGUGGGUGGAGGUGUCUCCAGGAGAGCAGGCAAUGGUUUGGAUGGGGGAGGGAGGGCUCUGGUGUGGGCAUGGGGUGGACAGCAGGACCGUUCGCCAACCUGGGGAGCCAGGGAGGUGGACACAGAGCAUCUGGACUCAGGCUUGCCUGCACCUGUGUCCAGUGACUGUGACAUUCUGACCCGAAGCACAUGUGUGCGUGCUGGCAGCCCAGCCUGUUCCAUCCCCAUUGGGGAGGUAAGCUUCAGGAGGCUACUGGGUGGGUUUCAGACAGGAACUGCAGAGCCAGUGGGCCAGAGCUGAGCCUGGACAGGGUCCCGCCACACUGCCCCUCAGCACUGCUGGCCUCAGCACACCCCGUGGCAUGGGCUUGGUGUCGUAAUCCCAUCUCACCCCACGAUGGAUUCUGGAGCCAGCAGUGCCCGGCGUCCAUCCAUAUCGGGCAUGGGACUGGGGCCCGCACUGCCGGGAGAAGGCCCAGAACCAAUCCCUGGCCCUGGGUGGGCGAGGUGUCCACCCCAAGGGGCCCGUUGCUGCCCGGGACCUUGUCGUUUGGCCCUGGAUCCGGGGGCUCCUGUGACCAUGCCCUCUUCUCAGCUGCAGGUCGGCCACAGGACCUGACGCAGCAGGAUGGACGAGUCCCCUGAGCCUCUGCAGCAGGGCAGAGGGCUGGUGCUGGUCCGACGGCAGCGCCCAGCACCCCAGGGUCUGCUUGAGAUGCUGAAGGCCAGGCUGUGGCAGAGCUGCUCGUGCAGCGUGCUGUGCGCCCAGGCGCUGGUGCAGGACCUGCUCCCCGCCACGCGCUGGCUGCGUCAGUACCGCCCGCGAGAGUACCUGGCAGGCGACGUCAUGUCUGGGCUGGUCAUCGGCAUCAUCCUGGUGCCGCAGGCCAUCGCCUACUCAUUGCUAGCCGGGCUGCAGCCCAUCUACAGCCUCUAUACGUCCUUCUUCGCCAACCUCAUCUACUUCCUCAUGGGCACCUCACGGCACGUCUCCGUGGGCAUCUUCAGCCUGCUUUGCCUCAUGGUGGGGCAGGUGGUGGACCGGGAGCUCCAGCUGGCCGGCUUUGACCCCUCCCAGGACGGCCUGCAGCCCGGGGCCAACAGCAGCAUCCUCAACAGCUCGGCUGCCAUGCUGGACUGCGGGCGUGACUGCUACGCCAUCCGCGUCGCCACUGCCCUCACGCUGAUGACCGGGCUUUACCAGACGUCCUGGGGUAGAAACAGCUUCCAGCAACAUCCAUGGCAACUAACACAGAGGAGUGACUCACAGGAACUUCUGGAAGAGGAGGAAAGAUCUUGCUGA